GCGGAUAAUGGUACCGGCACGACCAUGUUCUGGGAGGAACUUCGCAUCCUCACCAAGUACGCCUUGCCGGUCUUUGGAACCCAUCUCCUGGAAUAUUCCCUAGUUAUCGUUUCAGUCAUCUCUAUCGGGCAUUUAUCCACCAACGCUCUCGCGGCAGUUAGUUUGGGAUCAAUGACCGCUAGUGUCUCCGGUUUUAGUGUCUUGCAAGGCUUCUCCAGCGCACUUGACACCAUGCUUCCAUCCGCCUGGACAUCACCCCAUCCCCACUACGUCGGUCUUUGGACCCAGCGUAUGACCGUGGUUAUGUCUGUAUCUUUAAUCCCCAUGUUCCUGAUCUGGUGGAACGCGGAAACCAUUCUACUCUUCCUAAGACAAGAGCCAGAGGUAGCGCACCUCGCAUCAACCUACCUGCGUUGGGUCUCCCUCGGGCUGCCCGCUUAUGCAUUUAACUGUAUCAGUCGGUACUUACACCCGUUUAUCCGCUGGUUGUUCACAGUCCCCACUCGCAUUAUCUUCAUUGUAGCACCUUUCAAUGCUGUCUUGAACUAUCUCCUUGUUUGGGGUCCCAAACCAUUCAGAUUAGGCUUCAUCGGCGCCCCACUCGCCACCGCGAUCUCUUUCAAUCUCGUUUCGGUGAUGUCAAUCAUUUAUGGUAUCUUCUUCGUGGAUCGAACGGCGUGGUACCCGCUUUCCAGGAGGAUGUUCACAAGCUUGGGAGUCUUAGUCCAGUUAGGCUUGAGUGGUGUCGGUCAAACGGCAUCGGAGUGGUGGGCAUGGGAGUUGAUUGGUCUCGCCGCGUCUUUGCUGGGCCCAGUAGCACUUGCCACACAGUCCGUCCUUCUAGUUUCCGCAUCGACGACCUUUCAAGCGCCUUUCGCAUUGGGAGUUGCCACUUCCGUGCGAAUUGGUAACCUCCUCGGGGAACAGAAGGCCAAGCGGGCGGGCAUGGCGGCUAAAACCUCUAUCAUAAUGGCACUUUUGCUUUCUAUGAUCUCAAGUGCCAUGUUUUUGAUAUUCCGAAACGUGUGGGGGUACCUUUUCAAUAACGAUCCAGAGGUCGUUGGUCUGGUGGCAUCCAUUUUGCCCUUAGUAGCGCUCUUUCAGGUAUUCGACGGGAAUGCAGCGGUUACGGGAGGGAUUCUGAGAGCUAGGGGUAAACAAUUCACUGGAGCUUUGUUAAACCUCAGCGCAUACUAUAUCGUCGGUAUUCCUUUCGGCAUCUGGCUCGCUUUCUCGUGGGAUAUGAAGCUACAUGGUUUGUGGUAUGGGUUGACCAUCUCCCUGGUGUACUGCGCUGUACUGGGGACGAUCAUUUGCCUCCGAUCGGACUGGGACCAUGAGGUCGAUAAGGUCAUGAACAGGCUG